AUUUAUUAUAAUGAAGUUAGGUCAUGCACAAUAAAACCGAUAAGUGAAAAUAAAUGACAUGUAGUGUUUAUAUUGCAUUUUUUUAAAAAUUAGUUAUAAGUAAUUAAAAAAUCUAUUAAGAAAAUGUAUAACAAAACAAUGCACAAUUUUUCAGUAAUCUUAUUACUUCAUCUAUAUUUUUUAUUAAUAUUAUCCGAUCCAAUUGGCCGUAACAUAUCAACGAAGUCUAUAGUGGACGAACCAGCGUGCCAAGACGUAGGCAUUAUAUGCCACAAUUUAAGCGAAAAAGACGACGUUCUUAUAUUGGAGUGUUUAUUAGCGUCCAAUCCACAGCAACUGAAUCGUUUAAAUAGGGAAUGCCAGAAUAUAAUUUGGGGUAGAGUACGAAACAUUACCGCAUACGACGGGGUACAACAGUACCUUUCGCCGUUCUGCGGACAAGAAUUAAAAAAAACCGAGUGCCAAAGAGAUAAUUAUUUAAAAUGUUUAGUAGAUAAAGUGAAUAAUAUCGAAAAUCAAGAUUGUUAUAGAGGAAUUAAUCGCCUGGAGAGUAUCGCUUUUACCGAUUACAAGUGGAUAUCGGACUUUUUAGAUCAGUGCAAUGAGGAUAUAAAAAAAUUUCAAUGUGGCGUUAUAGACGGAGAUAAUUUUUCUCAAAUUAAAUCAGUUUCGUGUCUACAAAAUAGAAUUUUGGAAGUCGGAGAUAAAUGUAGGAAAGAAGUGUUCCAUUUAUCGGAAUUACAAUCUAAUAAUAUAAAAUUAGACGCCCAGCUUUAUUUAGAAUGCAGAGAAGAUUACCAAAGAUACUGCGGAAAAUUUUUGGAAGGAUCUGGUAGAGUUUUUCCUUGCUUAAUACACCAAUUACACUUGGACGAUUCGACUUUGGCCACCAAAUGCCGACAGCAUUUGAGACGUAGGGAAAAAUUGAUUUCUCAAGAGUUUAGAGUUAGCAAGGGAUUACUAAGGGCUUGUAAAGAGGAUAUUAAAAAGACGCGUUGUAAAAAAAAUUUGUCUAGCGAUAAAUCCGUCAGAUUAGCUCAGAUUUUAUUGUGUUUGGAAGAUUAUGUUAGAAAAGAUUCCAAUAAUCCCAGCGUUUACAUCAGUUCUGAAUGUGAUAGCGAACUUACAGAACAUAGGCGAAUGUUGAUGGAGGAUUACAGGUUGUCUCCCGAAGUUGUGAAUAAUUGUAAAAAUGAGACGGCCAUGUUUUGUCAAGAAUACGGUAUCGGAGGUAAAACUUUGCAUUGUUUGAUGGGUCACGCUAGGAAUAUAGCAGCUAGAUUAGGACCGUCUUGUAUGAGAGCCCUGGAAGAUUUGAUGCACCAAGUGGAUCCCGGCGAAAAUUGGAACGUGGAUCCGGUUUUACGUCAAGCUUGCGACGCCGUAGUAAAAGUGGCGUGUCGGAACGUCAGAGGCGGAAACGGCAGAGUUAUGUCUUGUCUGAUGGAUAAUAUGCGAUCGGAAAUAAUGACGGUGGAUUGCGAAAACGCCCUUUUGGAAAUCCAAUAUUUCGUGGCGAGAGAUUUCGCCUUGGAUCCCCAAUUGUACAGAUCUUGCAGCGCGGACGCGACGAAACGUUGCCAUUUCGAUACCGACAGCUCGGCACCGAGUUAUUCGCGACAAGUUCUACCUUGUCUUUACAGAUACGCGUAUCUAACCGACGAAUCGAUGAAAUUGGACAAACAGUGCCUCGAACAAGUGCAGCGCGUGAUGCGACAACGCGCUUUGAGCGUCCAUCUCCAACCGGAAAUCGAGGAGGCCUGCGUUAAAGAUCUGAGUUUCUAUUGCCAGGAUAAAUUGAAGAAGGGCGAGGAAAUGAUGUGUCUGCAAGAGCAUCUGGAAGAGCUGCAGGAUAAAUGUCGAGAUACGGUGGAAUCUUUCACGGAAAUCGAAUCGCAACGCGUCGAAUUGAAUCCGUACAUAUCGAAAUAUUGCGGUAAAAUAAUCGACGAUUUGUGCGCCGACGAGGACGAUAUCGUGGAAUGUUUGAUCGGCAAUAAGAAUAAUCCGCAAGUGAAAUCGACGCCGAAUUGCCGGGCGAGCGUCGAACAUUUUCAAUUAAUAUCGUUGAAAGAUUACAGAUUCACAUAUAAAUUCAAAGUGGCUUGUAAACCGUACGCGAAGAGAUUUUGCGGCGCGUCGACGACGAAAAGCGACGUUAUCGAAUGUUUGAGCGAGCACGUUUUGAACGCCACCAUAAACGGCGACAAAGGUUUCAUACCCAAAGAAUGUAAACAACAAUUGAAGGCGCAGAUAUUCCAGCAGAGGGAAAAUAUCGAUUACGAUCCGCAAUUGAAGAAAUUUUGUUUGAUGGACAUCAGGAAAUUUUGCAAAAACGUCCAAUCCGGAGAAGCCAAGGUAUUGGAAUGUCUGCAGAUGGUACCGCACGAACAAUUAAGUCCGAUGUGCGGAAAAAAAGUUUUCAAAAUCCAAAAACUCGAAGUAUUCGAUAAUAGCGUCGAUUACGCUUUAUUAACCAAUUGCGCCGAAUCCAUAGAUCAAUUUUGUCCUAGAGCGAAAAAAGAAAACGUUUUCGAUUGUUUAAAAUUGAACAAAGAAGAAAAGGGAUUCAGUAAAAAAUGUCGUUUGAUAGUGACGCAUCGACUCAUGGAACAAACUUCGAAUUCGCUAUUGAAUCCGUCGUUGCAAAAAAAUUGCCAAUCGGAUAUAAACAGUUAUUGUAAAAAAGAAUUAAUCGGCGUUAGGAACGAUAAGAGACCAGAAGAUUUGGUGAUUAAAUGUUUGAAAAAUCAGUUCAAGUUAUCGAAGUUGUCGAAUAAUUGCGAACAGGAGAUUGCGGAAAUAUUACGCGAGAUGGCGUUAAACGUCCAAAUGGAUCCCCUUUUAAAGUUGAUGUGUAAAAACGAAUUGGAAACUAUAUGCAAACCGGACGAAGACGAAUCCGGCGCCACGGUGGAAUGUUUAAAGAACGCUUUCAUAUCGAAAGAGAUCCCGACGCAGGAAUGUCGCGUCGAAGUAGCCGCUUUAAUCGAAGGUUCCGAAGCCGAUAUCCAAGCCGAUCCUCUAUUACAAAGAGCGUGCGCUCUCGAUCUCUUAACCCAUUGCAAAGAUAUCGAACAAGGCAACGGCAGAAAAAUUAAUUGUUUGAAAACCGUAAUGUCGAACGCGGAACAAGAUUUGUCUCGAGAUUGUAAAGAGAAGUUGAAAGAGAGGUUGGAAAUGUACCGAAACGCGGCUCAAGUGAUCGAGGUUCCUUCGGAUCUGAAAGGUCUGGUGAGGACGGUGUCGGUGUCGCCUUCCAAGAAUUAUUUCGCGAUUGUUUUGUUUAUGAUGAUAGGGGCGAUAUUUUUCGUGGGGGUGUUUUGCGGUCGGUUCUCCAAAAGGAAAUACAGGCUACUUAAAAAUAAAUGACGUAAAAAGAUUAGGUUCGUGCCAUCGAGCGAUUACGUUAUGUUAUGACUAUAACAGAGUAAUAUAAAAAUAUUUUUUAGAAAAAAUAAAAAAAUGUCGAAAUAAC